GAGUUGUCGAGAAGGACUUACGACAACAGGCAGAAGAUCAACAGGGCAGGGGCAAAGCACCCGAGAAAGAGAGCGUCAAGGAUAAAUUCAAAGGUGCAGGAGCAUGGGUGCAGGACUACAUGGACAGAAAAGCUCAAGCCUCCUAUGAAAAGGACCAUCAAGGCUCAGCGCUGGCUGUCCCGUCCCACAGCCGGAAGGGUUUCUCCUCCCGCUUCAGCGACCCGAACCAUCCAGCCAUGAGCGGUGGCCUGAUCUCCUUCGUCACGGGAGGCGCCAUCGACACAGGCACAAGGCGAAAGGAGCGGCGCGGCGCCAAGGAGGAGCGCAGGGCGCUGAAACGAGAAUAUAAAGACGCCAGGCGAGUGGCCCGCGGCAGGGCGCCAAGGGGACCCCGCCGGCGCCGCGGCGACAGGCGACAAAAGGGACAGCGCAAGGGCAUCAUCAGAAAGAUCAUGCAGCAGGAUGUCUUGUACUUGCUUAUUGUCAACCUGCCCAGCGACGUGGAGGUUCAGCAGUCCGUGGCUGAUCUCGAGAGGAUGAUGAGCCAGGAGGAGGCUUCGCUUCACACAAGCCACAGAUGAGGAGAAGGGGAGGGGGAGCGAUAUAAUACCCAGUGCUGUACUGACCAAAGUAAACAUGUCAAUUUUUUCAAUAGUGUUUACGUAAAGGGUGUUUGGAGCCUC